GAGAAAUGGGAGCAAAAACAUAAGUUGUUAGUUGUUCAGUGUAAUAAAUAUACAUUUACAGGGCAGCCAAAACUGUGAUGUGAGGCUCAAUAAAAAUGAGUUGGCCAGCCUUGAAUAUGCUGACUAUUGGAAUGGUUCUUUUGCAAAAAAAACAUUUGGUCUUAUUGUUAUUCUUUUAAAAUUAGUGCGUGUGUUUGAGUAUUAGGAAAAAGCAGUAUUGUGAAUACUUUGACACAACGACAAGUGGUGUGUUAAGUAAACAUGUUAUUGUCACAUGGGUGUGCGGUAAGCAAACAUGGAUCAGCCCUCCAGCGCUGUUCAAGUAGUCUUAAGCGUCUUCAUAUCAGGCGUGGCCCCCGUUCUUCAACUUCUGGUUUGUUGACCGAUGCUCUAACGCGCAAAGGUACUGACCUGGUCGUGUUAAGGUGUUGGCGACGCGAGAGAGUGUCACAAUGGAGAAGAAAAUUUCGGUUUUGAAGCAAAUGGUGAAGAAACACAGCCCCAAUAGGGAGGACCUCGACCCUCGGAAGUGGAUGAAGCAGGAACCGGUGAAGGCCUUUACCGAAUUUGUAAUGAACAAGCACUCGGAGCCAGAGGCCGACAACAGCUUUGACAACCAAGAGAUGUUGCUGCAAACAGAGAAGCAGUUCAUAGAGGCAGCAAAGAGCAACGACGUGGCCGCCAUGAAGACCCUGGGGAAGGGCUUGAAUGCCAACGCCAUGAAUGUGCACGACAGGACCGCCCUUCACUACGCGGUCGCCGGCAUAAACAAGGAGGCGGUGGAGGUGCUGUUGCGGCGCAGGGUUCGAGUGGAUCAGAGGGACAAGUUUGGCGUGGCACCGAUUCAUUUAGCAGCUUGGUUUGGCAGUUUGGACAUCCUGAAAUUGUUAGUGCGGGCCGGGGCUGAACAGAAGAUUGAGAAUGAGGAAGGACUGAACAUCAUGCAUUGUGCUGCUGUCAACAACCACACCGACAUAGUGGAGUACAUCGUCAACAACCUGCAGAUGAAAGAACUGGACAAAGACGACCAGUCAGGAAACAGUACCUUCGCCAUGGCGGCACAGCACGGUUGUGUGCAGAUGUUGGAGAUGCUAAUGGAGCCCUUCUACAACAUGGCCACCAUGAAGCCCAACAAGAGAGGAGACACACCCCUGCACUUAGCUGCAAGGAACGGCCACUUGGACGCCGUCCAACUGCUUCUGCUAAGCUUUGAUACUCGGGAUGAACUUAAUAUGGACGGUGAGACGUCCCUGUACCAGGCUGCAGACAGCGGUCAGGAACAGUGCGUCUUGGCAUUGCUGCAGGCCGGCUGUGACCCCAACAUCCAAAUAACAAGCAAAGGCAGUGCUCUUCAUCCAGUGUCAGAAAGAGGAGACACGGCUCUGGUCCAACUUCUCCUAGAAUAUAAAGCCUACACAGACUUUCAGAAUGAGGAGCUGGAGGCUCCUCUCCACCUGGCAGUGAAGAACAGCCACAUAGCGGUCAUUCAUUUCCUCCUGGAGGCAGGUUGCAACAUUAACUCCAGCAAUAAGAGGUCUCAGACUGCCAUGCACCUGGCUGCGGAGCUGGCCAGAAUAGACGUGGUGGAAAUGCUGCUUAAAGCUGAAGUGGAUCUGACACUCCAGGACCGGCAGGGCAAGACGGCUCUGGGUGUGGCAGCCCGAGCAGACGAGGUGAUAAUGGUGGACAUGAUUGUCAAGGCAGAACGAUAUUACGCAUGGAAGACGGCUAACCCAGAGUUUAAUGACAGUGUUCUCAGCGAGUAUCCGCUAACGUUCAAACUGGAUCACCGCUAUGAGACCAAGCAGUUCCGCUCCAUGGCCUGGCGCCUGACCUACCAGCUCCUGAAGCCAGGAUACUGGAAGAGUCUGGCUGAACACUGGGGAUUCACCCAGGACCAAGUGUCCGCCAUUGAGAGACAGUGGACAGGUCAACACAGUUACAAAGAACACGGCAACAGGAUGCUUCUGAUUUGGCUCCAUGGAGAGGAGUUGGCCCGUAAAAGUCCUUCUGAAGAACUCUAUCAGACCCUUGUCACCACUGGCAAUGGCAAAGCUGCAGAUCAGAUGCGGAUGGAAUCAGAGAGUGUGAGCCACAGAAACUGCAGAGUUUCAUGAUUGAGCACGUUAGUUUACAUCAAUUGUCAGACACGCUUGUACAGUAUAGAAAGACACUCUAAAAUAAUUUAUUACAAAAAACCACAUGACAGGUACAAACAGGAUGGCUUUGGUCUCACUAACAAACACUGUAUGCUUCCUUUAAAAAAACUAAUUUUACAUGCACUUUUUAAAAAAUAUAAUAAAAGUGAACAUUUUA